GGCAGGCAGAGGCUUCUCCACGUGGGAACCUGAGGGAGUCUGUCCUCAGCCCACCUCCUGGGGCAUUUCCUAGCCAAGCCAGGGAGCUUUCAGGAUUGGAGACCUGGAAAUCUCCAAGGCCAUUUCCUUUUUUAUUUUUUUCUAACAGAGAGGUUGUGCAAAGUGUUCUGAGAGCUGGGAGCAGAGUGUGAUGCCAGGAGGGGGCACAGCUGGCAGAUGGAAGCCAAAGAGAGGUUGUGCAAAGUGUUCUGAGAGUUGGGAGCAGAGUGUGAUGCCAGGAGGGGGCAGAGCUGGCAGAUGGAAGCCAAAGGUAAUGGGGAUAUGAAGGAAGAAUCAGCUGCACAAUUAGGUUGUUGUCAUAGGCCCAUGGCCCUGGGAGGUACAGGGGGCUCCCUGUCCCCCAGCCUGGACUUCCAGCUUUUCCGAGGUGACCAGGUCUUCUCAGCCUGCAGACCACUUCCAGACAUGGUGGAUGCUCAUGGCCCAUCCUGUGCCAGCUGGCUGUGUCCCUUGCCCCUGGCACCGGGCAGGUCUGCACUGCUGGCCUGCCUACAGGACCUGGACCUGAACCUGUGCACCCCACAGCCGGCACCCCUGGGCACAGACCUGCACGGCCUCCAAGAGGACACCUUGAGCAUGAAGCACGAGCCACCAGGGCUGCACGCCAGCUCCACCGAUGACAAGAAAUUCACAGUCAAGUACCCACAGAACAAGGACAAGCUGGGAAAACAGCCAGAAAGAGCUGGCGAGGGGGCCCCCUGCCCAGCCUUCUCCUCUCAUAACAGCUCUUCCCCACCACCGCUGCAGAACAGAAAGAGCCCCAGCCCCUUGGCUUUCUGCCCCUGUCCCCCUGUCAACUCCAUCUCCAAGGAGCUCCCAUUUCUCCUCCACACCUUCUACCCUGGAUACCCACUUCUCCUGCCUCCACCCCACCUGUUCACCUAUGGGGCCCUACCUUCUGACCAAUGUCCCCACCUCCUCAUGCUGCCCCAAGACCCCUCCUACCCCACCAUGGCUAUGCCUAGCCUGCUGAUGAUGGUCAAUGAGCUGGGGCACCCCAGUGCUCGGUGGGAGACCCUGCUUCCCUACCCAGGGGCCUUCCAAGCCUCUGGCCAAGCCCUGCCUUCCCAGGCCCGAAAUCCAGGUGCUGGAGCUGCCCCAACCGACUCCCCAGGCCUGGAGCGUGGUGGCAUGGCAUCUCCAGCAAAGCGGGUCCCAUUGAGUUCCCAGACAGGCACCGCAGCCUUGCCUUACCCGCUGAAAAAGAAGAAUGGCAAAAUCCUGUACGAGUGCAACAUAUGUGGCAAGAGCUUUGGGCAGCUCUCCAAUCUCAAGGUCCACCUGCGUGUGCACAGUGGAGAGCGUCCAUUCCAGUGUGCCUUGUGCCAGAAGAGCUUCACUCAACUUGCCCACCUGCAGAAGCACCACCUGGUGCACACUGGGGAGCGGCCCCACAAGUGCUCGGUGUGCCACAAGCGCUUCAGCAGCUCCAGUAACCUCAAGACCCACCUGCGCCUGCACUCCGGGGCCCGGCCCUUCCAGUGCAGUGUCUGCCGGAGUCGCUUCACCCAGCACAUCCACCUGAAGCUGCACCAUCGGCUGCAUGCCCCACAGCCCUGUGGCCUGGUGCACACCCAGCUGCCCCUGGCCUCUCUGGCCUGCCUUGCCCAAUGGCACCAGGGGGCACUAGAUCUUAUGGCGGUGGCAUCUGAGAAACACAUGGGCUAUGACAUAGAUGAGGUCAAAGUGUCCUCGACAUCCCAGAGGAAAGCAAGAGCAGUGAGCCUGAGCAGUGCCGGGACUCCCCUGGUGAUGGGGCAGGACCAGAACAAUUAAAAAUGUUUCUUCUGUCA